CUGUGAAACCUGCGAGAGAGUACAAUAAAACAGAAAUCAAAGGUUUUAACUGGAUCUAGUGAUCAGAAACCCAAGAAACGCUCAUUAAAAGAGUGACAAUCAGAACACGUUUAAGAGUUUGAGCUACCGGUGAAUUUAAAAGUAGUUUAUAGUCAGCUGGACUAUCGGAAAAUCACCAAAAUUGGCAGCUUUGCUUUCCUGAUGCGGCAAAUCUAAUCGCUGUGGAGUCAGUGAGGAAACGCUGGAGCAGAGCAAACAGCUGACUGUACCUCUGUUGACACUGCAUCAUCCAGGACUGUUCACCAGCAACCAGUAUGAGUAUGGAACUCGAACUGAAGAAUGUGGAUUUGAGAGCCGGAGAUGAGCUGAAAAUAAAAGGGGUAAUUCUGCAUGAUGCAGAGAGAUUCCAGAUCGAUCUUGGCUGUGAUGCAGAUGACCUGGCACUGCACUUCAAUCCUCGUUUCCAUGAUGACACUGAUGGUGCUGUGCUGGUGUGCAACUCAAAGAUUGCUGGUUGCUGGGGCGAUGAAAAACGGGAAAUUCACAACCCUCUACAGAGGGGUGCUGAUGUCAAGAUUGUGUUGAAACUGGCUGAAGACACGUUUGAAGUGGAACUUCCUGAUGGACAGGAAGUCCAGUUUCCAAAUCGUGUUGGUAUGGGUACCAUCAGCUACAUCAGAGUCACAGGAGACUUUAAACUGAAAUCCUUCAAGAUCUGCUAAGAGAUACAACUGUAAACAGAUGCUGUGUUUAACACUUUAGUUAUAGAUGAGGUUUGACUGUCUGAAUGUUAUUCUUACAAUAAGAGUCAGUUAUUGACUGAAGAAUCAUUAAGAGAUAAAGAGAAAUUAAUACAUUUAAGUGGAUUAAAAUGUCCUGUUGUGCAAAAUGAUAUAAAAUGUUUACAGUCAAAUAAUCCUGUUUUGUCAUCUUUAAGGUUUUGCAGCCUCUUACAAACACAGUAUAAGUCAAAGCAUGAAAGAGUAAAAGUAUGAUGACACGGAACAAUAGAAGAAAAUGCACAUAUAUUAGUUCUUUGCUAAAUCCAGUAACUGAUUAUUUAUAGUCAUGUAAACAUGUAGAUAAAACAUGCAGAGAAAAAUGGCUCCAAAUGAUACAAAAUGCAUGUGGGGCACGAGGGUUCCUAGUUAACACUUUUCUAUGUGGAGUUUGUAUGUUACUUGUGCCUCCAUAGGUUUCCAACUUCUUUUGAAAUGCAUGUUAGGUUAACUGGUGGGCCUUUUAAGUUCCAAACAAAAAAGUAGUCCUGGAGUUGGCCACCCCUGAAAUAUAUCAUAUAUCAGUCAAAUAAAUAAAGCCAUCUAGCAUUGGAAUCCUGCUGAAUUAUGUUGUGGAAAUUUAAAAUAAAACCUGCA